GCUCGAGAAUAGCGCUCUCGUCAUGGUCCUAAAGCCGUCCUCCUCCACCAACACCAAUCAUAGGGCUUCACUGUAAACGCAGUUAUUGGGGCUUUAUAUCUGGACAUUUUAACUGAUCCCGAAUGCCCGAAAGAAGAUAAAAAGCAUCACAAGCAUAUAACUUAAAGGAUGGCCUCUCCCCAGCCUGGCAGCCCACCACCUACAGAGCAAGACACCCCCCUUGCUGAACCGAGUGAGGAGAGCAUAGAGCUGGAGGUAGAGGAGCCCCCUGUAAAAAAGAGAGGCAAAGGCAGACCUCCAAAGAAAUCCAAGCAUUCUUUCAAAUGCUCUGCCUGCCAGGAGGCUUUCAGUAGCCCCGUGGCUCUCCGGAGCCAUAAGCUGUCUGCCCACAGUAAGGAGCAGCAGGAGCAAAAACAGCACACAUGCUCUCAGUGCAGCAAAACGUUCCCCAGCAGAGCCCAGCUCUCCAAGCAUCAGCGCUCUCACUCUGCUCAGCGCCCCUUUCAGUGCGAUCAGUGUCACAAGGCUUACAAGACCCCAACGGAGCUACGCAACCACAGCCGCUCCCAUACAGGGGAGAAGCCUUUUGUCUGCACUGAAUGUGGCAAGACCUUCAUGCAGGCCAUAUGCCUGCGUAUUCACAUGACGCAGCACAGCGGCGAGCGGCCAUAUUCUUGCCCCCAUUGCUCCAAGAGCUACCCCACUCUGUCCAAGUUGAAGGUGCACUUGCGCUCUCACACGGGGGAGAAGCCCUAUUUUUGUGCCGAGUGCGGGAAGAGCUUUGCCGACCCCUCUGUUUACCGGAAGCACAGGCGCAACCACCAGGGCCACCGGCCCUACUCCUGUGAUAAGUGUGGGAAGACGUACACUGAGCUGAAAGACCUGAAGAACCAUGAACGGUCUCACACAGGAGAGAAGCCCUACCUGUGUUCAGACUGCGGCAAGGCCUUCUCCCGUUCCUCCUCCCUGGCCUGUCACCUCCGCAUUCACUCCCAGAGCAAACCUUACCAGUGUGAGCAGUGUGGCAAAGGCUUCACUCAGCUCUCCUCCUAUCAGUCUCACCUGCGCACUCACUCGGGUGAGAAGCCAUUCCUCUGCCCGCAGUGUGGGAAGAUGUUCUCAGACCCCUCCAGUUUCCGCCGGCACCAGAGGGCCCAUUCAGGGUUCAAGCCCUACCCCUGUGAUAAGUGUGCCAAGAGAUUCCGGCAGCCUGCCGACCUGGCCGUGCAUCAGCGGGUGCACUCCGGGCAGCGGCCCUACAAGUGUCAGAGCUGCGACAAGGCGUUUGUGGCGUCCUGGGACCUGCGACGUCACAUGCUGGUGCACACAGGGCUGCGGCCCUUCUCCUGCACGGAGUGCGGCAAGUCCUUUGCCGAGCGCUCCAGUCUCAACAAGCACCGAAGGGUGCACUCUGGCGAGCGCCCAUUCAAAUGUGACCUGUGCUUCAAGUCGUUCGUGGUCUCCUCCAGCCUACGGAAGCACGAGCGCACUCACCUGGCUGAGAGGCCUGCGCUGCUACCGCAGCAGGCGGUACCCGAGACAGUUGCAGCAGUCUUCCUCGCUCACACCUCCCUCCCCCAAUUUUCCUGUUCACACUGUGACGUCACCUUUGGGACCUGGGAGGAGGUUCAGGCCCAUGAGGCUCUUCACACCGUUUCCCCUCUUUCCACCACCGUGGCCCCCCUGCCCAUGGGCCCACACGUGUGCGCCACCUGCCGGGAGGAGUUUGUACUGCUGUCUGACCUGCAAGCCCACGAGAAGAUGCACCCCAAACCGCGACCCCACGUCUGCGACAGCUGCGGCAAAGGUUUCCUCAACAAAGCCGGGUUGCGGAAACACCAGCGGAUCCACUCGACCAACCGCAACCACGUCUGCCCCCACUGUAGCAAAGCCUUUCUGUUUGCCGCCUAUCUCCGCAAGCACUUACGCACCCACCGCGACCCCCUGCCCACCUUCCCCCUCUCUGACACACACAUUGCACACACGGAGCCUCUUCCCUCGCCACCUCCACCCAUUGAAGUUUCCUCGUCCACUCUUGAACCUGGUGCAAUUUGUCUGACUAUACCGGUGACGAUUCCUGUGACUGUUCCUGUAACCUUUCAGACCACGCCCAUGUAUAUCGAUAAGGAAGACCGACUCUGAAAAGACUGUAACUGUUUGUGUGGAAUGAAUUAUGACUCAACAGCCAGAUGCCUUGAAUAUUUUUAACAAUAGUAUGGUUAUAAAACAAGCUUAAUUCCCAUCCUUAAACAAAGGUUAUUGAUAGCCUAUUGAUAACAAUUUGAAAUAAUGAGACUUUUCACUUUAAAUUGCCCUCAACUGUCUUGUGUGUAGGAUGACAUGUAUUUGUGAUUUAAAAUGUGUUAUUUAUGCUAUAUAACGUACAUUAUGUUUUAUACUAUACGAUACCUGACAUCUGUCAUCAACUUAUUUCAAAUUUCAUUGUCAUGAUUUGUUCAUAAGAAUGUAUUGUUUUGUGUCAUAGGCUAUACACUGAGUAUACCAAAUAUUAGGAAGACCUUCCUAAAUUGAGUUGCACCCCCCCCCCGUUUGCCCUCAGAACAGUCUCAAUUUGUCAGCCAUGGACUCUACAAGGUGUCGAAAGCGUUUCACAGGGGAUGCUGGCCCAUGAUGACUCCAAUGCUUCCCACAGUUGUGUCAAGUUGGCUGGAUGAUGGGUGGUGGACCAUUCUUGAUACAAACGAGAAACUGUUGAGAGUGAAAAACCCAGCAGCGUUGCAGUUCUUGACACAAACCGGUACACCUCACACCUAUUACCAUACUCUGUUCAAAGGCAACUUAAAUAUUUUGUCUUGCCCAUUCACCCUCUGAAUGGCACACGUACACAAUCCAUGUCUCAAGGCUUAAAAAUCAUUCUUUAACAUGUCUCCUCCCCUCCAUCUUCACUGAUUUAAAGUGGAUUUAACAAGUGACAUCAAUAAGGGAUCAUAGGUGUUCUUAAUUUUUUGUGAACUCAGUGUAUAUUGAUUAGUGUGUAGGCUAAACUACUAAUCUUAAUUCCACGGUUAGGUCAUUUAUGUCUAAACAUAGGCUAUAACAUUGUUUGAGUCAUGAUAUUAAGUCAUGUUUUUUUCCCCCCAUGGACUGUUGGGUAUUUUGAUUUCUAUUCACUUCUCGUAAUUUUUGCGAUGGAAUAUGUAAGUAAACAAUUGACUUAAUAGCA